CUCAAGGACUCGGCCUCCGCCCCCGCCCCCGCCCGAUAGGCGGUUACGAGCCGCCAUCUUCUCGCAGGCUUCCUGAAGCGAGCGGCGUGCGGGGCUGCCGGCGGCGGCGGGUUCGCGGAGCCCGUGCGGAAAUCUGAGAGCUCCACUCUUGAAGAGAUGACGUGUAACAGUCCAGAGAACUGUGAAGCUUGUGCCACUCCAGAUUCUGACCAUGACCAAGAGAUGGCUGAAGAGUACUCCAGAUUGAGGACUUUUGCCAACUUUCCAAAUUGUUGUCCUAUUUCAGCAUCAACACUAGCACGAGCUGGCUUCUUUUAUACAGGAGAGGGAGACAAAGUGAAGUGCUUCAGCUGUCAUGCAACUUUUGAAGGGUGGGAGCAUGGAGACUCAGCAGUUGGAAGACAUAGAAAAAUUUCUCCAAAAUGCAAAUUUAUUGCUCGAUUUAAUUUUUUAAAAAAAGAUACGCAUCCUAUUCUCCAAAACUGUCAAUGCAGAGUUGAAAAUUGUUCUGGAAAUUCAGCCCUCCAGUGCUCUUUUGACAGAUCGUCUGAUCUCAGUCCAGAUUACCUUUUAAGAACUGGGCAGGUUGUGGACAUGUCAGAUAGCAUGUACCCCAGGAACCCUGCUAUGUGCAGUGAAGAAGCUAGGUUAAAGUCUUUUCACAACUGGCCAGCCUAUGCUCCAUUAACACCGAACGAAUUAGCCAAUGCUGGGCUGUAUUACUCAGGUGUUGAUGAUCAAGUGGAGUGCUUUUGUUGUGGUGGAAAACUGAAAAACUGGGAACCUUUUGAUCGAGCUUGGUCAGAACAUAAGAGGCAUUUUCCUAGGUGCUUUUUUGUCCUGGGCCGUGAUGUUGGAAAUGUUGGAAGUCUCCCAAAUGAAUCUAAUUUUGCUGAGGUUGGCAGGAGUGGCUUAAACAAUGCAGAUCACCCAAGAAAUCCAUCUAUGGCAGAAUAUGAAGCACGGAUCAAGACAUUUGUGACUUGGAGAUACUCAGUUGUUAAAGAGCAACUUGCUGAAGCCGGGUUCUAUAGUAUAGGUAAUGGUGAUCAUGUUUUGUGCUUUCACUGUGGUGGAGGACUGCAAGACUGGCAGCAGAAUGAAGACCCUUGGGAGCAACAUGCUAAAUGGUUUCCAGGAUGCAAAUAUCUGCUACAAGAGAAGGGCCAAGAAUUUGUAAACAGUGUUCAGUUAACACCUUUACUGAGGGAUUCCACAAUAGAAGCUUCUGAGAAGACAUCGCUACUUAUAGAUGAUGAUCUCCUACAAAACCAGUUGGUACAGGAUGCCAUGCGUAUGGGUUUCAGUUUGUCUGAGAUUAAAAACAUUAUGGAGAAGAAACUGCGGACAUAUGGAGAAAACUAUACAUCUGUUGAGGUUCUAGUUUCAGAUAUAAUACAUGCUCAAAAAGAAAGCGUACAGGAAGAAGUAUCCAGUGGGAGCUCGGUACCGAAAGAUCUGAGUACUGAAGAGAAGUUAAGACGUUUACAGGAGGAAAAGAUGUGUAAAAUCUGUAUGGAUAAAGACAUCUCAAUUGUUUUUAUUCCCUGUGGCCAUCUGGUUGCUUGUAAAGAAUGUGCUGAAGCAGUUGAUAAAUGCCCUGUGUGUUGCAUGGUUAUUACAAAAAGACAGAAAAUAUUUAUGUAUUAGUCAUAUGUACAGUGUUGUCUGUGCAAAUGUUUGUUGUUACAUUGUUUAAAACCACUGUAAUGCAACAGCAAACAGUUGGGAUGUUCAGCACUGUAGCACACACAUAUAUUUAUGGAGAGUCUAAAGUUUUGGGAUAAUAAAAACAAAGCUUUAGUCAGUGCCCUAAAAGCUCAUGAACUGACAGUCAGAAGCUGCUAAAUUUGUACUUAUAGCUCUCACAUUCAACUGCAAACUCUUUAUUCCUCUCCAGUUUGUCCCUUCACUUUAAUUGAAGUGACAGAUUAGAAAUUCUUCACUACGACAUUCUUCUAUUUUGUAUAUGUCUGAGCAUGCACACCUUUCUAACUUCUUGUAAAGUGCAUAAAUGAAGUAUAUUACUCACUCAUAUACAAUAGCAUGGUCAAACUGAGUGAUCAGACCGACUACAAGCUGUGCUGCUAAUAACGUAGAUUGGAAUUUGUCAUCUGAUCUCACUCUUUUUACCUCUGUCUCUGCCAAGUUUUCAGAAAGGGUAUGGGUAAUAAACUAUUAAAUGGAGGUGACAAAAAAAAAUCCAGACAUGUUUUUGUUAAAUAAAAUUUUAGCAAGAUUAAUAUUAUUAAAAACUAGAAUAGUAAGGGUUAGCGUCUAUGAAGAAGGCAGAUGUUUGUGGGUUCAGGAAUGGUGACAUUUUAGUGAGAGACAUAAAUAGCUAAAAGUUUAUGUAGUUUUGUUUUUAUGUUAAUUAUUUUAGUGACUAUCUAAUCUCUGAAACAGGUUAAGCCCCUUUCUAACUCAGUAAAACAUUAGUUAUACAAAUCCCUUUUCUUAUAGGGAAAAUGGCAUUUUUAAAAUCUCCUGACCUUUUCUAAACCACUAAAAUGUACAAAUUCUUUAAAAAUUGUUCACGACAGAAAAAUUACAAAAACAUCAUCCAUAUGUUUCUCUUCUCUUUUAAACAGUUUCCCCUUCCAAGCAUACAUUAGUCUUCCCUAGUCCAGUACAGUAUGUGUUUUAAAAAUUGACUAAUUUCACUUCCACCUUUCAUUUCAACUAAUUAUAUUCUUGUCAUUUACAUAUCAUAGUUACAUUCCAGCAACAAUGUUUAAGUUACACUAGGUCCAUUUAUUUCUCCAUCUUUGACUGCCUUAAGGCUGAUCUUUUCUAGCCCCAAAACUCAAAAGAUCCUUAAACUAUCACAAAAGUAUCGCCCACCCCACUCCCGUCUUGCAGACUCACAGUUGUAACCUGUCCUUUCUAUAACCCCUUCCCAAACAGGGAGUAGGCUUGGUCCUAUUUCAAAAAGCCAAAACAAAUAUAAACACUGUAUAGCAAGAGAGAGCUGUUGACCAGAACUUUUUUGCUAGAUUGACGCAUAGGAAAUUCCUUGAAAAUGAAUAUAAACCCUAAACCAUUUACAUUGCCUUUUGAAGAAUCAUAGUCAACUUGUAUAUAAGAGAGAUUUUAAAUAACAUUGCUUAUACAUAGUAUCAAAUGACAUUGUCUAAAGCAGUAUUGUAAUGACAUAUUAUACUGUAAUAACUCUCUUGGCAUUGUUUGAGCUGUCUCUCGACCAGGUUUUCCAGUAGAACUAUAGACCUGGCCACAGAGUCCGAUGAGAACUCUCAGCACCUUACAAGAUCAAAUAACUCACAUUAUUAUUAGAAUAAAUUGAGGAUUCUCAGCAUCUUGCAUGAUCACAUUCUGGGGAGGGAUUUAUUGCAAUUACAAAUGUGAAAAUAAAGAGCAAUUACAAUUAAUGCUCUUAACAGAUCUCCUAAGAGAACACAAUAUCUUAUGCAGGGCUUCCCUGUCACGGUGUGGGUGGUAAUUUUAAAAUGCUCCAAUGUAGUAUGCUACUAAAGUUUUGGAAGAUAAGGAUUCAGCAUCUGCUUCCAGUCUAAAGAACUGUUGCAUAGGGGUUUUUUUGGAGAGAGGGAAAUUUUCAAAGUAUUAUUAUUCCUUUUCUUUCUGAUUGGAGUUACUAGAUAAAUUUGCUUUUCAGGGUUUUACAAAAUCAUUUGUUUGAAAAAACUAUUGUAUUUAAUCUGGAGUUUUUCCCCAUGUCAUGAGAGUUUUGGGUGAACUGCCAACAGCAGGAGAACUGAUCAAAUAGCUGGAGAAUGAAACCUGCUGGCCCUAGGUGCCUCAGGACAUUAAAGCCAUUUGUACUUAAAAUUUGUUCAUUGUACCUUGAUGAGAAUUUGGCUUGUUUUAGGAUCCUGUGGCUAACAAACUCUGGUUAGAGAAUUUUAGUUCAGGUAUGACAUUGUUUGGAAUUCCUAGCUAAUCAAACACCCAUUUCCAAACCUAUUUUUAUAAUCCCAUUUGUACAUACUCAGUAUUUGAUGUAUUCCGAGGAUGUAAUCAGAUCUGUAGUCUCUGCUUUCAAAGUCAAAUACAUUUUUAAAUAAGAAUUAUUAAAAUAUAUUCUUCUAACAAUCCAAUUUUUGUAUAUAAACUGGUAAGAGGGAAAGAUAUAUCAUGAUUAAUUUAAGACAAUGGGUAUAAUGCUGCAAACUCUUAUGCACAUACAAAACUUUACUCAUGUGAGUAGUUCCAUUGACCUCAUUGCUGAGUCCUUCCCUUUUUCCAAAGCUUUGCUUCAGUGGGACUCCUCAUGUGAGUAAAAUUAUGCACAUGCAAAAGUGUUUUCAGGAUUAGGCCCAAUAUAGUUCCUACUUGUAUAUUUAGAAAUUGCCCUAUUUAUUUACAUAUAUAAAAAUUAAUAUUCUGCUUUUGGUUUCACAAAGGCACUACAUAUAAUUGAAAAUGGUAUAAUGCCCUUAUUUUUGCAAUUUAGGUUGUGACAUAAUUCAGACAGAAGUCUUAGUUUAUCAAAUCAGUGUCAGUGCUGGAUGUUCCUGUUUUACGUUUUUAUUUGCCCAUUUCUUCUUUUGUUUUUAAUGUGGAAAAUCUGUCCAAGAUUGCCUGUUUACUUCACGAUUAUCAGUCUUAGAGUUUCUAUAUUUAAAUAUGUUCCUCUUUUUUCUUUUAAAAAUUCACUGUAUACAUCAACAGACACUAAUACACUUCAUAUACUUUUUGUUUUCAGAACACUAACAGUGUUGUCUCAUCUUAAAAAAUUAAAUAGAAAAUUUUUAUUUUUGUGGUUAAGGUUAAGAUUUUUAUCAUGGGCAUAAUGGGAUAUAGCAUCAACAUAAAAUUAUCUUUUUCUGUUAAUACUUUAUGAAAGCUGAAGGAUCUGCAGUCAAGAAGUUUAAACUUACAUGUCUCCAUUUAUACAGCUUUAUUUUAUGUAUUUCACUCAAUUUGACAGUAAAUCAUUUUAUAAAAAAUUCAUUUUUGCUUCUAGUCAGUUUCCCUUUCUGGCUGUCAAGAUAUCUGUUUGAGCACAUAACAUUUCAGUUGAUAUUAAGUCUUGUUUUCCUCCCCUUUUUUUCAUCUUGUUUUAAAAACCUGAAUUUUGGAUUUAAGUAAGACUUAGCUGAUGCCUCUCUUGAACAAUAUAAGCUCCAAAUUUGUGAAAAUAAUUGGACUGUAUUUGCACAUGUUGAUAUAUUUCAAUCUUUUGAACUGAAUGAUGUAUUUGACGUGGAACAUUGAUUAGUGAUACCUAAUACUGAAUAUGAUUUUUCAUUUUGUUAAAACUUUCAUGAAAUAUAGUCCAUGGGACUGAAAUUUAAGUUUAUUUUUUUUUAAUUUGUUGUGAUCAUGUAAAAUAUUCACAGAACUGUUUUGUGAUUCUAGUCUGACUUUAUAAUUAAUUUUUAAAUAGAUCAAGUGAAUUUAAAUUGUUUAAUGUGUUAGUCUUUGAUUUUACAUGCAAAGAGCAAUCAUAAAAUGGCACUGUUUGUAAUUUCUUGGCUUUGUACAUGUAAUAUAACAGGAUAUUGCUAAUUAAUUUUAAUAAACAUAGUAAAUAUGAAUAUAACUGACCUGAAGAAGAAUUCUGUGUAGCCCAAAAGCUUGUCUCCUUCACCAACAGACAUUGGUUGAAUAAAAGCUAUUACCUCA